UAUUGUCCAAUAACGUACCUAGUCUUUCCCCCAAAACUGGAAAAAAAAAAAAAAAAAACCUAGUCUUGCCAUUGUUUACCAUUUACCAAGUAAGCGACGUCCGCUGCAGCACGGCCCAGUUUUCUGGUGGUGGGUGUUUAUUAUUAGUAAUCUGCGCAUCCCAAAUUUCCAAAGCGAGAUAAAACGGUGGCGACUACCCAAAUAGGCGGAGGUAGCAGCCCGCAACCGUGUGAACGGUAACCCAAUUAAACCCAACAGCCAAGAAAGCAAGCAAAUCAAGAAGAGAAGGGAAGAGAAGCUAUGCCAGUCUUCAAGACCCCAUUCAACGGCUACGCCGUAAAGUUCAGCCCCUUCUAUGAGAAUCGCCUCGCAGUGGCCACCGCACAGAACUUCGGCAUCCUGGGUAACGGCCGCGUCCACGUUCUGGACCUCCCUCCGACCCCCGGAGCCCCCAUCACCGAGCUCUGCUCCUUCGACACCGCCGACGGAGUCUACGACUGUACCUGGUCCGAGGAUAAUGACAACCUCCUCGUAACCGCUAUUGCCGAUGGCUCCGUCAAGCUCUGGGACCUCGCCUUGCCACCCACUUCCAAUCCAAUUCGUUCCCUCCAGGAACACACCCGCGAGGUUCACUCCGUCGAUUGGAACCCAGUUCGUAGAGAUUCCUUCUUGAGCUCUUCCUGGGACGACACCGUCAAGCUCUGGACCGUCGAUCGACCCGUCAGCGUCCGUACCUUCAAAGAACACGCCUAUUGCGUUUAUUCUUCUGUUUGGAACCCUCGCCAUGCCGACGUCUUCGCAUCCGCUUCCGGCGACUGUACCGUUCGUAUCUGGGAUGUUCGCGAGCCGACUUCCACCAUGAUCAUACCUGCUCAUGAAUUGGAGAUUCUUUCUUGCGAUUGGAACAAGUACGAUGAUUGCCUUAUUGCCACUUCUUCAGUUGAUAAGUCGAUUAAGGUUUGGGAUGUGAGGAAUUUCCGGAUUCCAAUUACGGUGCUCAAUGGGCACACUUAUGCUGUGAGAAGGGUAAAAUUCUCACCUCACAGGGAUAGUAUGAUUGCGUCUUGCUCGUAUGAUAUGACAGUUUGUUUCUGGGAUUAUCGGGUGGAGGAUGCCCUUAUUGGGAGAUACGAUCAUCAUACGGAGUUUGCGGUUGGAGUCGAUAUGAGUGUGCUUGUGGAAGGCCUUUUUGCGAGUACUGGGUGGGACGAGUUUGUUUAUGUUUGGCAGCAUGGGAAUGACCCCAGAGCACCUUGAAAAGAGUUCAAAAGAGUUUUUUUUUUGGGGGGGGGGUUGCGGAGGGGUUGGUGGUGUUCGUGCUAGAUUGAGAAGCAGAUGCAGCUUCAGCAGCACCAUUCAUCAUUGGAAAUUGGAAGCGGAAGAGAAUGGAGGGGUUCUUAUCUCUUUGGGGCAGGACUUGAUACAAAAGAUCACCUAUUCUUUGAGUGCAAUUUUAUAGGAGAAACUUGGAUGGAUAUGCUUGUGUCCCACCCUUCAACCACCGAAUAGGAAACAUAUUGGUUGUGGCCCCUUGCGUAGCUAAUACUUUGGGGGAUGUGGCAACAUUGGAGAUAUUGGGAAGCUUGCAUUGUGUGCUACUAUUAUUACCACAUUUGGAAGGAGUGAAAUGGUCGUCUGAUGUGCAGCAAGACAAGACCAAAGCUGACCAUUGUUCGAGACAUGAAAGUUGAUAUUGGGAGAAGUGCCGUUCCAUCAUCUCCCAAGGAAGCCAUUAGGCCGGAAUAGCAGGCUUAUAGAUAAUUGGGUUGUGUAUGUGGUAUCAAUGAUCCCAUAGUGUUCUAAUGGAAAGUUUUUCCCAGUUUUGUUCUUGGUUGUAAACUCUAUACUUUGGGCCUUCCGUUGGUUUAACCCUGAUAGUGCAGCGAUUUGGAUUGGGUGGGAAA